UUUAAACCAAAUUAGUAAAAGCUUUUUAACAUUUAAUCCAUUCACAUCUGGUUCGUUUAGUCGGUCUUCAAUGGAAAGGUGGCAAAGUCGAGUAGCAGUGAUAACAGGUGCUAGUGCUGGCAUUGGAGCUGUUAUUGCGGAGGACCUGGUUAAAGCUGGACUUGUGGUGGUUGCGUUGGCACGGAGAGAAACUAAACUCCAGGAAAGAAAACAAACGUUACCUGUUGAUCUGCAAACACGAUACCAUCCACUUAAAUGUGAUGUUACGGACGAAGAAGAUGUUAAGAAAGCUUUCGCGUGGGUCGAGAAGAAUCUAGGUGGAACCGAUAUUCUUAUCAACAAUGCAGGAGUGUUCUAUCUUGGAGAAAAUCUUACGGACUCUAAUAGCACCGAAGCGAUUUGCAAAACCUUGGAUACAAACGUUAAGGCCUUGGCGUUUUGUGUUCGUGAAGCUUUCAACUCAAUGAAAAACCGAAAGUUCGACGGUCAUGUGAUACUCAUCAAUAGUAUCGCUGGACAUACCACUGAAAGGGUUUCCGGAGCAAAUAUGUAUAUACCAUCCAAACAUGCUGUUACCGCUAUGGCUCAAACGUAUCGCCAUGAAUUCGCACAUGCUGGUACAAAAGUGAAAAUCUCGAGCAUUAGUCCAGGAGCAGUUGAUACGGAUUUACUUCCGGAAUAUAUUAAAAAAAUGGGAAUUCCCAUUUUAAGUCCCGAAGACGUUUCGAAUGCUAUUCAGUAUGUUAUCGCCACUCCCCCCAAUGUCCAGAUUUUUGAACUGACAAUUGAACCUGUGCGUGAUAAGGUGAUAAACAGAUCGACUUUGGAACAGAACAAGUAGCUUCGAAUUAUCUGUAAUUUGCUGUUUCCGUUGAUCUAGUAGACUGCAAUUGUAUUAAAUACUUGAAAGGGCACUCUGCAAUAAAUUAUUUAAUUCGGA